UGCGUCGCGUACUCGAGUGGGAGUCGAAUCUUCUCCGGAAUCGUUUGCUUUCAUUUCUGCACGAGCCCGUCGCGCGCCGUUUCCUUCUCUUCCCUUCGAACCAAAACAAACGUCGCCCGACGUGCUUCGGUCGGUCAUUUCCCCGCACCGCUGAGGGAUUAUUCGGUGUUUUCUGUGAAAAGGCGGCCAGUGAAGCCCAAAAAGAUGAGUGUGGAGGCGUACGGGCCGAGCUCGCAGACGCUCACCUUCCUGGACACGGAGGAAGCGGAGCUGCUCGGGGCCGACACGCAGGGCUCCGAGUUCGAGUUCACCGACUUUACGCUGCCCAGCCAGACCCAAACGCAGGGCCAGACCCAGAGUCAACUCGACAACCAGGUGAACGGGCCUGAUGGCGUUCUGCCCAACGGAGAGGAUGCGGUGGUGAAGACCAGCCAACUUCUUGCCGAGCUGAACUUUGAGGAAGAUGAGGAAGAUACCUACUACACUAAAGACCUGCCGGUGCACGCCUGCAGCUACUGUGGCAUCCAUGAUCCAGCAUGUGUGGUCUACUGCAACACCAGCAAGAAAUGGUUCUGCAACGGCCGCGGUAACACCUCUGGCAGCCAUAUUGUGAACCACUUGGUGAGGGCCAAAUGUAAGGAGGUGACGCUGCAUAAGGAUGGACCGCUGGGAGAGACGGUUCUGGAGUGCUAUAACUGCGGCUGCCGUAAUGUCUUCCUGCUCGGCUUCAUCCCGGCCAAAGCAGACUCUGUUGUGGUGCUUCUGUGCAGGCAGCCAUGUGCCAGUCAGAGCAGUCUGAAGGACAUUAAUUGGGACAGCUCUCAGUGGCAGCCCCUCAUCCAGGACCGCUGCUUCCUGUCCUGGCUGGUGAAGAUCCCGUCCGAGCAGGAGCAGCUGAGGGCCCGUCAGAUCACGGCACAGCAGAUCAAUAAACUUGAGGAGCUCUGGAAGGAAAACCCAACAGCGACGCUGGAGGAUCUGGAGAAACCAGGAGUGGAUGAGGAACCUCAGCACGUUCUGCUACGCUAUGAAGACGCCUAUCAGUACCAGAACAUCUUUGGGCCGCUGGUUAAACUAGAGGCUGACUAUGACAAGAAACUCAAAGAGUCCCAAACUCAAGACAAUAUAACAGUGAGGUGGGAUUUGGGACUGAAUAAAAAGCGGAUAGCUUAUUUCACUCUGCCCAAGACGGAUUCAGGUGACAUGCGACUGAUGCAAGGAGACGAGAUCUGUCUGCGCUAUAAAGGAGACAUGGCUCCGCUCUGGAAAGGGAUCGGACACGUCAUCAAAGUCCCGGACAAUUAUGGAGAUGAAAUUGCCAUCGAGUUGCGCAGCAGUGCUGGAGCACCUGUGGAAGUGCCGCAUAACUUCCAGGUGGACUUUGUCUGGAAGUCGACAUCUUUUGACCGCAUGCAGAGCGCCCUGAAGACGUUUGCUGUGGAUGAGACCUCUGUGUCUGGCUACAUCUACCACAAGCUGCUGGGUCAUGAGGUGGAGGACGUUAUCAUCAAAUGCCAGCUGCCCAAACGCUUCACCGCGCAGGGCCUGCCGGAUCUCAACCACUCGCAGGUUUAUGCCGUGAAGACGGUGCUGCAGCGACCCCUCAGUCUGAUCCAGGGGCCUCCAGGAACCGGAAAGACUGUCACCUCUGCCACCAUCGUCUACCAUCUGGCCAGACAGGGCAAUGGUCCAGUGCUGGUUUGUGCUCCAAGUAACAUCGCAGUGGACCAGCUAACAGAAAAGAUCCAUCAGACGGGGCUGAAGGUGGUUCGUCUGUGUGCUAAGAGUCGUGAGGCCAUCGAUUCACCUGUGUCUUUCCUGGCUCUGCACAAUCAGAUCCGUAACAUGGACAGCAUGCCAGAGUUGCAGAAACUGCAGCAGCUGAAGGACGAAACUGGCGAGUUGUCGUCUUCUGAUGAGAAACGUUAUCGAGCUCUCAAACGAACCGCUGAGAGAGAGCUGCUCAUGAAUGCAGACGUGAUCUGCUGCACGUGUGUGGGUGCGGGUGACCCUCGCCUGGCUAAGAUGCAGUUCCGCUCCAUCCUCAUUGAUGAGAGCACACAGGCCACGGAGCCCGAGUGCAUGGUGCCAGUGGUGCUCGGGGCCAAACAGCUCAUUCUGGUGGGUGACCACUGUCAGCUGGGUCCUGUGGUCAUGUGCAAGAAGGCGGCUAAAGCGGGUCUGUCUCAGUCUCUGUUUGAGAGGCUGGUGGUGCUGGGCAUCAGACCCAUCCGUCUGCAGGUGCAGUACCGCAUGCACCCGGCUCUCAGCGCUUUCCCGUCGAACAUCUUCUACGAGGGCUCUCUGCAGAACGGAGUCACCGCCGCUGAUCGCAUCAAGAAAGGCUUUGACUUCCAGUGGCCUCAGCCUGAUAAGCCCAUGUUUUUCUACGUGACCCAGGGCCAGGAGGAGAUCGCAAGCUCUGGCACCUCCUAUCUCAACAGGACUGAGGCUGCUAAUGUGGAGAAGAUCACCACCCGUCUGCUGAAGGCCGGAGCCAAACCUGACCAGAUUGGUAUCAUUACACCAUACGAGGGUCAGCGCUCUUACCUGGUGCAGUACAUGCAGUUCAGCGGCUCGCUGCACACCAAACUAUACCAGGAGGUGGAGAUCGCCAGCGUGGAUGCGUUCCAGGGCAGAGAGAAGGACUUCAUCAUCCUGUCUUGUGUCAGAGCUAACGAGCACCAGGGCAUCGGCUUCCUGAACGACCCGCGCCGUCUCAAUGUGGCGCUGACCAGAGCCAGAUAUGGUGUGAUCAUUGUGGGCAAUCCGAAGGCUCUGUCCAAGCAGCCUCUGUGGAACCACCUUCUGAACUACUACAAGGAGCAGAAGGUUCUGGUGGAGGGACCGCUGAACAACCUGAGGGAGAGCCUCAUGCAGUUCAGCAAGCCACGCAAGCUGGUCAACACCAUCAACCCUGGAGCCCGUUUCAUGAGUACCGCCAUGUAUGAUGCAAGAGAGGCCAUGAUUCCUGGAUCUGUGUAUGAUCGCAGCAGCACCGGUCGUCCGUCUAAUAUGUACUUCCAGACCCAUGACCAGGUCGGCAUGAUCGGGACUGGGCCGAACCCAAUGGGCUCCAUGAACAUCCCCAUCCCGUUCAAUCUAGUCAUGCCGCCCAUGCCUCCGCCCGGGUACCUGGGCCAGGUGAACGGACCAGCUGCAGGUCGUGGUGCUCCUAAAGGUAAGACCGGGGGUCGUGGAGGUCGUCAGAGAAACCGUGGCACCGGUAACCACGGCAGCGGGCAGGCCAACAUGCCGAACAGCCAGGCCAGUCAGGAUCUGGUGUCUCAGCCCUUCUCGCAGGGUCCACUGACCCAGGGCUACAUCACCAUGAGCCAGCCGUCACAGAUGAGCCAACCUGGACUGUCCCAGCCCGAGCUCUCACAGGACAGCUACCUGGGUGAUGAGUUCAAAUCCCAGAUGGAUGUGGCGCUUUCCCAGGAUUCAACCUACCAGGGCGAACGGGCAUAUCAACACGGAGGAGUGACUGGACUCUCACAGUACUAGAGUGUUGUUGGAACAGGAGCUAGGCCUGUGCUGAGCUUAGUUCAUCAGCAUUUUAAAUAUGGGUAAAUAUAAAAAAAGAACAAACAUGGAUGCCCGUUUACCACUGUUACAACUGAAGCACCAUGGUGUGAGAGCAACAGGAGAGAAUCAAACCAAUCACAGGAGGGAGUAAAGCUGGACAGGGACGAAAGAGAAACGUGUGAGUGGCGGACUACAUCCACCAUUCGUUGAGGACGGGGAGGAGAGGUGGGAGACGCAGUGUUAGGAGGAGACCAAACACGAGAUCUUCGAUCCGCAACGUAAAGGAGGAGGAGGCUCCUGGAGCGCAAGGGGCCCUUCCCGGCCUCCUCUCUCUCUCUCUAUCUCUCUCUCUCUCUCUCGCCUGGCUGCCGACGUCAGCCUCAGGCCUCGCCCUGCCAACAGAGACGGAGCCAAGAUGAAGUUCUCUUCAAACUACCUGCAAAAACCACGCUUGCUGAGAGCUGAGAGAGGGGUGACGUUAUUUCAAGUAAUUACAAACGCUUUUCAAGCAGCUGAAUUUUUCGGGAAAAUCCAGUUCCCCUCAAAGUUGACAUCUGACAUUCAGGUUCUACCACCGCACAUCUUUUGAGAGAACGGACGCCUGCGGCUAAAGAGUUUUCACGCUUCGUUUCGUUCGCUCGCUCGCCCCGGCCCGAGGUGCUAGGACACUCUGAAGGACGAUUCAACUUUGAGGAACUUUGAAGCCCGGGAGGGUAGAGGUGCCGUAUCGAACGGAGGAGGGCCCGUCACAUCUCGUCCGCUCUCCGCUUUGGGGUGGAAAUGGCUUUGGGAUGUUUCUUUUUCCUUUUAAAUGUUUUGGCCCCCUUUGCCGAAAGGGACCGACGGAUCUAUCCUUUCUUAUUUUCCUCUGUUUUAGAAAUGGUUUUUGUUCAACUAGAAUAAAAGCACUCAAGUAGAACCGCUUGCUUGAUUUAGAUGAUCCAAAACGCCAGGAUCUGCGGGACGUCCGGUGAAACUUGAUCGGUCACCGCAGACUCCUCCCACUGCUGCAUUCUGUCCAAUCGGGUGAGACCUGCUCGCCUGGAUCUCUCCGAUUCGCUAGGAGACACGCGUGUCAAUCGCAGACCCCUCCCACUGCUAUAUUCUGUCCAAUCAGGACGCGGUCACGUUAUCGUCGCUUUAGUUGCGCCUCAGAGAAAGCAGAAGGAGAUCGCCGCAUCUAUGCGAAGCACCGACAGGUGAGAUUCUCGCUGUUUUUGUGUCUGAGAGGCUCGUCUUGCGCUUUUUGCGCAGCUACCGAUGAUCUUAGUGAGAGCGGGCGGUUUCACGCCGCCGCCGCCGACGACAGGUGUAAGUGCGUGUGAGUGUGUUUGUGUGUUUCCCUCCUUCAUUAUUAUUUGUGCUGUGAUAGAUUGUAGUUUUGCUUUCCCCCCCCAGCUCAUAUUAAUUUUAUUUGUGAAGUUCUCAGUGUGGAAAUUGCUCGAGUUUAUCGGUUUCGACGGACCCAUUCAGAGUUUUACGGCAGCUUUUAACAUCUGUUCCGACCGAUGCCAGUCGCCUCAACUUUGUACUUUUACUUUGGAGUGUUUAUACCUUGCUGUUACUCCAUACUCGCAAACCUUUUGACUGUUUAAUAUUACCCGAAUUCCACCACUCGCGUUUUAUAGCAUCGAGUACAUUCGUUUUAAGUUCACACCUCUUUUUUUUUUUUCCUUCCUCUCUCUUUGCCCACAAGACAAUCAUGAUUCGUUCAUAACCGAACUUUCCCAUGUUAACCUCUUAACUCAUACAGUUUAGUUUUCACAGUUCAACUGUAAAUAUCAGUGCUCUGAUUUGAUACGACAUCAGCCAAAUUGUUGCCAAUGACAAUGAGAUGUUAACAUCCUCAACAAGGCCAAGGUGAUCCACAGCGACGCAUUCUGGUUGUUAUCGAGCGUGAAGGGACUAGGGAACGCUGCUGCGUAAGUUGCAUCAAAUUUGACUGAAAUGUACGAUACGUUUGUAUGCUUUAACUUGCAAUGAAGAGGAACGUUGGAGAAACAUCAGGAUAUGAAGUAUAAUUCAGGAUUUUGUUUUGUGGAAAAAGUUUUCACCCCCACAAUGUGUACUUCUUGUAACGUUACGAAUAAAUGUUGCUUUCUUUCACCCAA